CGGCUCUGACGUCAGAUGGAUGCCAGUGACAUCAUUCUGAAGAAGUGGGGCUCUCAGACCCCUGAGCAGGUUAAAAUGCUGAGGAGCGGCCAGGGGAGCGCCGAGUCCCCGUCCGCCAUCCUGCGACUGACAUAGACGGAGCGCCCGGAGCUUCUGCGCAUCAUGCUGGGCGCCAAACAUAAGAAAAACCGGGCCGGGACGACCGAACCAAAGGCCAUUGAUCCCCUGAGGAAUCUGGGGAUUCAGGAUGAUGAAGAUGUGAAGCAGAUGUUGCAGGGUUCCAGCAUGGUGAAGGUUCGAUCAGCUCGCUGGCAGAAACAACGAAUCUUGAAGCUUCUGGAUGAUGGUGUGACUGUCUGGUGUCAAUCCCAGAAGACAUCCAGCCGGGCCAAGGAGCAACAGUCCUUCUCUGUCAUGGAAGUAGAGUGUGUUCGUGAAGGCUGCCAGUCAGAAACCCUGCGGCGGAUGGGAGGCUCAGUGCCAGAAGGUCGAUGUUUGACGGUGGUCUUCAAAGGACCCCGGAAGAGCCUGGAUCUCCUGUGCAGCAGUCAGGAGGAGGCCCAGCACUGGGUCCGAGGGAUCCGCACUCUGCAGGAGAGAGUGGACAACAUGACCCACAAAGAGAAACUUGACCAUUGGAUCCAUGCUUAUCUAAGUCGAGCUGAUCAGAACCGUGAUGACAAGAUGAGCUAUGAGGAGGUGCAGACGCUGCUGCGGAUGAUCAAUGUUGACCUUAGUGAUCAGUACGCUCGCAGCCUCUUCCAGAAAUGUGAUCGGUCUGCUGAUGGACGUCUAGACCACGAGGAGAUCGAAGUGUUCUGCAAGGAGUUGCUACGGCGACCAGAGCUGGAUGCUGUCUUCAUUCGUUACUCUGCCAACAGCUGUGUCCUUUCCACUGUGGACCUGAAGGACUUCCUGAGGGAGCAGGGGGAGGAUGCCUCCCUGACACACGCUCAGAGCCUCAUCCUCACCUACGAACUCAAUGAGUGGGCCCAGAGAAACCAGUUCAUGACCCCUAAUGGUUUCACAAUGUACAUGCUGUCUAAGGAGAACUGUGUGUUUAACCCCGAACACCUAAGAGUUUACCAAGAUAUGACCCAGCCGCUGUCACAUUACUUCAUCUCCUCAUCACACAACACCUACCUCACCAAGGACCAGCUGACCGGGGACAGCAGCACAGAGUCGUACAUACGAGCUCUGAGUCAUGGCUGUCGCUGUGUGGAGCUGGACUGUUGGGAUGGAGACGGAGGAGAACCCGUCAUCUAUCACGGUCACACGCUCACAUCCAAAGUGCCCUUUGUGGAAGUGAUCAAGACCAUCAAUGAGUACGCCUUUAAGACGUCUCCCUACCCUCUGAUCCUGUCUCUGGAGAAUCACUGCUCCGUGGAGCAGCAGGCUGUGAUGGCUAAACACCUCAAAGCCAUCCUGGGGGACAAGCUGCUCCUGAAGCCCCUCCCUGGGCUGAAAUCAUCUUCUUUGCCAAGUCCAGAGGAUCUGAAGGGUAAAAUUCUGGUGAAGGGUAAGAAGGUGGAAGAAUAUCCAUCCAGUUCUUCAGACUUGGACUCAUCAGAAGAAGAAGGCAGCUGUGAAAAGUCCUCUGGAAAGAAAGACAAGAAGCCAGGAGUAUCCAAGUUGAGUCCGGAACUGUCAGAGCUGGUGGUGUACACUCGCAGUGUUCCCUUUAAAGGUUUUGAACAUGCUGCCAAAAAUCCGCCAACUGACAUGUGUUCAUUCUCUGAGAGUGAAGCCCUCAGGCUCAGCAAGGACUCAGGGAUGUAUUUUGUACGUCUCAACUGUCACCAGAUCAGCAGGAUCUACCCAUCAGGCCAGCGCUUUCAGUCGUCCAACUACAACCCUCAGGAGAUGUGGAAUGCUGGCUGUCAAAUUGUUGCUCUGAAUUUCCAGACGUCCGGUGAGCCAAUGGAUCUAAAUCAAGGCCGGUUUUUGCAGAAUGGUCUUUGUGGGUUUGUCCUAAAGCCCUCUUUCAUGAGACAGCCCAACACCUCCUUCAAUCCGGGAAAUGUUGGAGGUGGUCCGGCUCACAGACCCCUGCUGCUUACUGUUCGGGUUAUUUCAGCUCAGCAGCUACCUAAACCGGAGUGGGACAAACCCAGCUCCAUAGUGGACCCUCAGGUGUGGGUGGAGAUCCAUGGAGUUCCCAUUGACAACAUUAAGGAGAAAACUCAUUAUGUGGACAACAAUGGCUUCAACCCACGCUGGGACUGUACGUUUAACUUCACCGUUCACGUACCUGACCUGGCUCUGGUUCGCUUCGUAGUGGAGGAUCAUGACUAUACCUCUAGUAAUGACUUCUUGGGGCAGUUUACACUACCUUUCACCAGUCUUCGCACAGGUUAUCGCCAUGUGCGCCUGCUGAAGCUGGACGGCUCCAGCCUCUCUCCUGCCUCUCUCUUCAUCCAUGUUAAAAUCACUCCUGCCUAGUCAUCAACUGAACCUUCAGCUCAAUCAUAGGUCCUCUUCACCCUGGAUAUGAUUACAGGAUCAGGAUCCUGACUGUCUCCUGUAAAUAAUCCAGGUGGAUCCUGUUUAUGGGCAUUUCUGUUUUGUCAGUUGAUUUCUGUUGACACUACGUUGAAAGGUUUUAGAGAAGCAAAUGAAUGCCUGUAAAAAUCACAUUCACUGUGGUUGGUGGAUACUUGAAGGCAUAUAUAUCUGAUAUGAUUUUUGCUUACACUGUUUUAUAGCACAAGACAAUAAUCCAGUCUUGAUGUUUUGAAAUAUGAAGUAUUUUUUAUCUAAUCUCAAUAAGACUUGAAAAUUGUUUACUGUGUUAAUUUAAUAACACCAACUUUUCUGGAGUAGAUAUUUAUCUAAAAGUACAAGUUGUCUUUUUUCUAAUUGCUCUAGAUGAGUUUUAUUUGGCUGACUUGUUCGGUUGUGAAGGUCUCAGACCUCUGAUCUUAAUGAACCUAGGAUCAAUAUCAGGUUUUCUUCUUUCCAACGUUGUGUCCAAUCAGACUUCAUUCACUCAUUCUUGAAGUUGAUUAACUUGAUUUAUUUUCUUCAGGUUUGUUUGCUGCCUAAAAUAUUUUCAUUUAUCCCUAAAGUGGUUAUGUUUUAUUUGUUUGCAGUUAAUCCUGUUUGAUUUUCCCAUGAAAUUCUUCUUGUAGAAAUGAGCAGCAUGCCACUUGGCUGUUAGCACUUUAUCCUAGCAAACUAGUUUUUUUUUUUUUUCUAUCAGACAUGGAAGUUAUCACAGGCUAUUGUGCUAAUGUUAUGUGUAUUUUGUGCUUAUUCAUGUUUUUUAUAUAAGAAGUACUAUGAAUAUAACUAUUCUUUAAGUCAUGGGAUUUAAAAAAGGUGACGGAAGAAACAUCGUUUGGUCUGCUGUAAACCUGCAUGUGAAUCCUUCAACAAACUUUCUAUCUUAUGAAUCUUCUCCUUCGUUGUCAAUAUUUUUGUUUGACCAUUUCUGUGCUUGAUUACACAGAAUGAAAUACAUUCACACAUAAUGAAUGAGUUGAUCAGAUCUUUGCCCUUGUUUCUUUUUUGUUUGUUUUUUUCAGAGUUUUUCUUCGAGAACAAGACUUUCCAUUCAAAAUUGAGAUUGGUCACAUUCAGUAUUUCUUUGGGUUUUCUUAAGAUCCUUUAAAAUAUUUUCAUUGGCUACUUCCUAACUUGUUUUCAAGCAAAGACCUUACCAAGUUUUAGAGGAAUAAUUUAUAUUUUUGAUUGUUUUAAAUUUUGCAACUCUGCCAAAAAUCGCCAAGAGGAAAGGCUCCUAAAGCACCACCCUCAUGUCUUUUGGAACGUUUUAGAAAAACAGUUUAUAUCAGUAUGUAGUGUUUUACCAGUAGACUUCCAGAAAUACAUUUACCAUUUCUGUCAGAAGUUACUCUGUUGGACAAAGAAAACCUGUAUUUUAGCACCAGCAAGGUUAUACCUAAAAUGAUAAUAACUGAGUUUUAACUGGUAAUCUGAAGAAAAAAAAAAUUAACUUUCUGAAAACCUAAAGACUUACUGAAAACUGUUUUAUAGCGCAUUACAAGAAAUAUUGACUCAUUGUAAGCAAAAUAUAGGAGAACUACUUGGAUCACUGUAAACAGGAACACUGUAAUCUGUAAAAGACAAAUGUAAGAUGGAACUAAAGCAAUAAAACAAGCUGUAAUUUA